UCCCCAAGCUCCUGGCGGGCGGAGAAGGGCCGCUCUCGCCCGCGCUGCGACUCGCUGGCGUCAGCCGGGCGGCGGAGGCGGAUGGCGGCGGCGGAGAGGCGGCCUGUGGCGGCCGGGAGGCGCCCUCGGGGGCCCGCGGGCCGGGCGGGCGCGACGCUGGGCGUGAUCACUGGAGCAGGAGACGGGAUUGGGAAAGCGUAUUCGUUUGAGCUAGCAAGACAAGGCCUCAACGUUGUGCUGAUCAGCCGGACGCUGGAAAAACUACAGGCGAUUGCCGUGGAGAUUGAGCGCACUACAGGGAGGACUGUGAGGAUCAUACAAGCAGAUUUCACCAAGGACGACAUCUAUGAGGAUAUUAAAGAAGAACUCAAAGGCUUAGAAAUUGGAAUUUUAGUCAACAAUGUUGGAAUGAUCCCCAGCCUUCUGCCGACCCAUUUCCUUAACACACCGGACGAAAUCCAGAGCCUCAUCCAUUGUAACAUCACCUCGGUAGUGAAGAUGACCCAGCUAAUUCUGAAGCACAUGGAGGCAAGGAGGAAAGGGCUCGUCCUGAACAUUUCUUCCGGGGUGGCCCUCUUUCCCUGGCCUUUCUACUCCAUGUAUUCGGCUUCUAAGGCUUUUGUGUGCACGUUUUCCAAGGCCCUGCAAGCGGAAUAUAAGGAGAAAGGAAUAAUUAUCCAGGUGCUGACCCCCUAUGCUGUUUCAACCCCAAUGACAAAGAACCUCAACACCAGCCUGAUAACCAAGACUGCCGAUGAGUUUGUUAAAGAAUCGCUCAAUUACGUCACAUUUGGCGAUGAAACCUGCGGCUGCCUCGUCCAUGAAAUCCUGGCGAGCUUUCUGAGCCUGAUCCCAUCUUGGGCCAUCUACAGCAGCUUGGUCAAGAAGCUACUCCUGACUCAUUACACCAACUACCUCAAGAGGAACGCCAACGUCCGAUAGUCUGGGGGCCUGAUGGCCAUGCAGCAUCAUUUUCUUCGCCAGGCUCUGCACUGACUGCAGAGGACCAAGGAGCAGACCGUCAGCCAUCACCCCCUGGAGCUGGAGGCCCAUGCCACAGACAUAGUCCCUAGAACACAAUUUGUGUGCCAGUUAGCUCAUGUUAAAAUCAAGGCCAAAUGGAGACAGGCCUUGAAAAUUCCCUGAGCAGAUAAAGCCAGCUUAUUCAUACAAGCAAAACUUAGUUUAGCUUAUUUUGUAAGACUAAAGAUGGGACUCAGGGCAGGCCGCCCUCAAUAUGUCACUUUGGCAUAUUUAUGAUUUUGAAUUAAAAUUACUUAAGUAGCAAGAAUACGCUGACUCUCCUUUGCCUUCUGUGACCAUCUUUGGAAAAUACAGUGAGCCACACUAAUUAAUCUUAAUAUAAGUGUUUAUUCCAGCACAUAUCAAUUAUGGGGAGUUGGCAUUU